AUUAUAUUUGUCGUAUGCCCCUUUUUAACACAUGUGUCUCUAUUAAAAAUAACCUAUUUUUAUCUCACGCUUACACUAACAACAACAAUUCCUUACAUAGAAUUCAAAAUUGUUAAAACUCAGUAGACAACACUAACAAUGAAUUUUUAAAUAAAUAAAAAAAAAAAUACAGAAUGGAGACAAAGUAUAGGGAGUUUUGUCCUGCCAUAAACUCGCUUCACUGGAAUGAAAUGAUUAGACUGAUAUCAAGCGGCGAUUCGAUGUGCAACCCCAUUGUUGCUCGUGCAAGCCAAUCUCCCGGUUCUUCAGCACCAUCCAUGCACUCCCAAUCUGGUGCUAGUUCCACUUCAUUUAAAUUAAAGAAAGAUAAAAACAGUAAAGAGGGGAAAAAAAAGAAGACAAAGCAAAGACUUCCCGAAGAUGGUUACAGAAGCAAAAUUCAAAGGUUUUUAAACCCUUGCAAGUCAUAUCCAUCUAAUAAACAAAUUCGUAGAAGACUCAAAGAGCUGGAACGUAAAGUAAAUGACUUUGAAAAGUUUUACAGUAAUGCGCUCGUUAACUGGGUUAAGGAUUCCAAGGAAAAGGAAAAGAGUAAUCGUGAUGACGUUACACCAGUUUAUGUAGGUCGUAAUGAGAAGAAAAAAGUUAAACUUAUUCAGAAGGCAGAUGAAGCAAGUUUGUUGGAAAAGCAUAAAAAAAAUGAAAAUGAUAAAAAAAUCACUAACAAAAAAGGCACACGAGACGUGUCAAAGAAACAACGACCCAACAAAUCAACUAUCAAUUUUGAGAACCCAUUUGUUGUUCAUUCAAGACCCAUAGCUGAUAGAGGAAUAGCUAAGAAUAGGUAUACUAUGAGUCAACAAAGAAGAUUGAGUCCCUCUGCAGUCGAGGAAGAAUUUAGUGCUGAUUCAAAUAUUACUAUUACUCCUAAUGGAACCGGAAAGUAUUAUUUUGUGACUUCUACUGCUGGAUAUGUUAAAGAAUUUGAUGAGGAAGAUGAUUCUUCAGCACCUUAUGAAGCUGCUGCUAAUGUUGCUAAAUUCAGUAAGAAAAAUCUUCUUUGUAUAUUUAACCAAGAAAUUCUCCCUCGAUGCAUUGGUUCUUCCCAUAAAAAUUCUAACAGAUAUAAAAGUAAUAAAAUAAACACAAAAGAAUUUAUAAAUAAAUAUGUUAGCCAUAAGAGUACUUCUACUGAAAGAGCAAUGGUUGAUAAGGCUGUUAACACAAAAGAGAGAUAUUACAAAUUUAAGGAAGAGAACUUACCAACAAAUUAUCCACUCGAUAUCAUGUUGAACACAAAGCCGGAUACUUUUGAAACCGAUCACUCACAAAUUCAUACAAAUGAUUGUACUAUUACGUAUGAAAUACUAAAUACUAAAAUAAAUUCAACGAAUGUAUGUUUCACACCUUACUCAAUCAGUUCUAGCAGCACUUCUAGCAGUGAAAUAAGUGAUAAUUAUAUAAGACUAGCCAGGUAAUGAAAAAAUUAACAACUGAUAUUUGUUGAAGCGUUAAAUUUUUGAAUAUUAUUUGUAUUUAUUUUCCAAUAUUUGUUAAUAGCUGGCUCAUUUCUUUAAUAAAUUUUUUUUCCUGAAGUA